UGACAACAUAGAAGUCACUAUUACACCUCGGUUAAUGUUCAUAAUAGAAGAUUCAUUGGUUUGAUUUAUUAUUCUCGAAGUCACCGGCAGAGGUUCUUUCAAAAGGAGAUUGAUGCUAUAUGCCUUAGAAGAGCUGGAAAUCUUUUCAAUCAGCUAUGAAUAGCARUAAUGUUUCGUCUCAAGGACACGGAAUCUUCAACCUGGACGUGGAUAUUCAAGUCGGAUUGACCUUCUUUGGGGUGUUAGCAUUUAUUAUAUCACUUGUUGGUAACUGCGUGGUUAUCCACAUAGUGCGCACGCGCAGACACAUGCGCGGUACGACGAAUAUCCUAAUAUCCAACAUGUCGAUCGCUGACAUCAUGAUUACGUUCGUCUAUCCAUAUUUGGUUAAAUUCUACUUUGUUGGUGCACAGUGGUUUGGAGGCAUUAUGGGAACGAUCACUUGCAAGCUUGUUCAUUCGAUGCAAAUGAUAUCCAUUUUCUGUUCUGUGUAUACGUUGUUGGUAAUUAGUGUCGAUCGAUUCCUGGCCGUUAUGAUGCCGAUGAAAAAACUMUUCACGACUAAAGUUACAAAGUGGAGUGUUACAUUUGUAUGGCUGGGUUCGAUCAUCUUUUCUAUUCCCCUUAUUAUUGCUUCAAAGAUCGUCGAGUAUAAUGGGGUAUACUUGUGCAUUGAAUUAUGGGAAGAUGUGGGUCUAUCACCAAGUGAUCAUAUCAUAACAUUCACAAGUCUGACGUUUGUAUUUCCAUUAAUUUUCAUCACCGUUGCAUACGGGAUCUCUGGGUAUAAAUUGUGGGGAAGUACACCUCCAGGUCAACAGAACAGUAUCACAAGAAGGAAUAAUCGAUCAAUUGUGGAAAGUCGACGAAGAGCAACUAAAAUGCUAAUUACAGUUGUAAUUGUGUUUGCGCUGUGUUGGCUUCCAUUCCAUGUACGCGAGUUGAUWCGAUCUGAAUCUCCAGAGUUAUCUAAAAAGACUCCUCUUUUCUUAGACUUAUUUCUCCCAUGGUUUGGGUUCAUCAAUAGUUGCAUCAAUCCGAUCAUAUACAUUGUGUUUUCUGAAACAUUUCGUCGGGAAUUCCAGCGGACAUUGUGUUUCUGGAGACCCUAUUCGAUGCUUGAUCCUGCGAGUAAUCCUGGAAGUCCUUCGGUUGCAACAAGACACACAACAAGAUUCCCUGUUAUAUCACAUAAUGGACGGAAAACUCCACUGAAGAACGACACUUGUCUUUGAAUAGUUUCCUAGUACACGAGUUAACACGUGC